UUUCUGAUUUGGUGAAUCUUUUGUAAUGGUAAUACAUGUAAAAGCUCCCUAAUCUAAGUGCGGCGGCGCCGGCAUGGCGAUUCGCAUCCCCGCCCACUGUUGCUGGCCGCCGCCGAGCAGCGAUCUCCGCACGGACGGCACAACGCCGGCGGCUAUGCGACACGGGCUGGAUCCGAGCACGCUGUCCCUCUACCAGAACGCCGUGCUCGGGUUCAUCUACGCCUACCUCCCUAAACCGCCGGUCUCCGCGGCCCCCAUUCUAUCCUGCGCUGCCGCCGCCGCCGCCGAGGAAGACGGAGGAAUCGAUCGCAUCAGCGGCCUCCCCGACGACCUCCUCAGCCGCAUCCUCGUCCGCCUCCCCGCCAAGGACGGGGCCCGCACAGCCGUGCUCUCCACGCGCUGGCGCGGACUCUGGCUCUCGUCGCCGCUCUGCCUCGUCGACACCCACUUCCUCCCCCGCGGGGGCGCCGAGGGCCGGCCCCCGCGACCCGGCGCCGUCACGCGCGCCGUGCGCCGCGCCGUCUCCGCCGCUCUCCGCUCGCACACCGGGCCGUUCCCCUUCGUCAGCCUAUCCUGCCAGUUCAUCGAAGCCGUCGAUGCGGACCGCGCCGUGCUCGCUCGCUGGUUCCGGUUCCUCGCUACCAAGGGCGUAGAUGAGCUCGCCUUCGUUAACCGCCCCUCGCCCUAUGAGGGUCUGCGCCUCCCCGCCGCGCUCUUUAGCUGCGCCUCUCUCCGCCGCCUGUACCUCGGCGCUUGGAGGUUCGUCGACACCGCCACCCUCCCGCGCGGUGCCUCCUUCCCCAGGCUUCAGGAGCUAGUCCUUGGUGCCAUCGCGCUGGAGGACCGCGACCUCGACUUCCUGCUCGCCGCUAGCCCCGUGCUCGAGGUCCUCACCAUUGUUGGAAGCGUGAAAAAGUUGCGUGCCCGUCUUACCAGCCAUAGCCUACGCUGCGCAGUGCGCACAGUUCUGCUUAGCCCUUGUCGAAGAAGUGGCGUUAGUUGAUUGCCAAUCCCUUGAGCGCUGCUUCAUCUGGAGGUGCCCUAGCCAGCGUUACAGAGUUAAGAUUGGCCACGCGCCGCAGUUGAGCACAUUGGGUUAUUUGGAGCCUGGUGUACAAGUACUGGAGAUUGGCAACACUGUCAUCGAGCCGGGAACAAAGCCGAGUCCCAAAACUACAGUUCCAAGCGUGCAGAUGUUGGCGCUCAAUCUGCAUUUCGGAGUUCAUGAUGAAGUGAAGAUGCUGCCAAGCUUCCUCAAAUGCUUUCCUAACGUCGAGACGCUCUGUAUCCAGUCGGAACGAACAAAAGAGGCCACCAGCAACCUAAAUCUCAAGUUCUGGCAAGAGGCUGGACCCAUCAAGUGUGUCCAGUCACGUCUCAAGACGCUGGCGUUUCGUGAUUUCCAUGGGGAUGAAAGUGAAUUUGCUUUCCUUAUGUUUAUUGCCGAAAAUGCUGAGGCAUUGGAGAAGAUGAAUAUCGUGAUAGAACUUCCAAAGCUCUCUAAACCAGAAGAACUGGCCUCGAAAAUGAUGGCAUUGGACAGUGCCAGAUGGGCAAGCGGAAGCAACAAGGCGGGGUACAAAUUUGCCCGGCUUGGUGAGGGAGGAGGCAGCAUUUGGAAUCUCAAAUUAGCGUUUGAUUUUAAUUGCAGCGAUCCUUUUCUGUGCCUUUGAGAGUUUAGAACUCAGACACAGUAAAUAAACAAUUAAAUUAGACACUACAUGCUAAUGCCUCACUGCUCUGCAGUUUUUUUUUUUUUACCAACGUAUGUCUAAAUUAGAGAUAUCGCAACUUGUAUUGUAGUGACUUAGUUACCACUGCUAUAUGGAUGCUAGGUGAAUGUGCUAAUUUAUGCUGUUUUUUUUUUACUUCAUUCGAACUGUUUCUUUGCCAUGUUGCUGUUUUCUCAUACUGAA